AUGAAGUCUUUCGCAGAUUUCGCAGAAUAUAUAAACUCAAAAACUAAAAAUUAUAAAAAAGAAGAUAAAACAAAAUUCUUGGAAAUUUGUACGUUAUUGGAUGAAAAAGUAACAAAUGAAAAGAUAAGUUUCUAUGAUGUUGAAUGCUACAUGGAGGAUAGAUUCGAAAAAUUGCAAUUCUUGAAUUAUAUUUUGUCUAAAAAUUCUCAAAUUUCUGAUUUUAUGACAAAAGUGACAGUUGUCAGUUCUGUCAAUAUUCCAAUCCGUCUUAUAUAUCUCCGCAUCUUGUCUUCCCUCAACGUGCUGGAUUUCCCUCACAACUUCAUCACAGUGAUAUCAAGAGGAGAGUUUCUCACAAAAGAAAAUUCCCAAAAACUGACAGAAAAAAUAGUUGAAAAAUUUGAACAAAACGGUUUCAUACAGGAUUAUACAAUUAAAUUCAUGAAGCUGUUCAAUUACGCAAAAUCAAAGAACUACUUGCAUCUCUUGAAUAUGUUCCUCGAAAAAGAAAUAAACGGUUUGUCUGAUGAUAGGGUUGACGAUACAAAAUUAUUUGAUAAAAUGAUAAAGAGCGAAGAAGAACGUUUAAAGAAGAUAGAAGAAGAGAAGAAGAAGGAAGAGAUGCGCAUCAAAGAAGCCGAAAUUAUGCAUCAGAAGAAGAUCGAAGAAAUGAGGAAAGAAUUCGAAAGAAAAGAAAAAGAAAGGCAAGAAAAAGAGAAAAGAGAAAAAGAACUCAAAGAACAGAGAAGACAAGAAAUGCUGCUGCUCAAGAAACAAGAAGAAGAAAGACUCGAAAAACAAAGAAAACAGGAAAUGCUAUUAAAACAAGAGGAAGAAAAACGAAAGAAACUAGAAUUAGAAAAACAAAAACAAUUGGAAAAGGAAAGACAAUUAAAAGAACAAAAACCAUUGCAGCCAAAGAGUUACCCGUCUUUCGAAGAGCAAAUUAAGUCACAGAUAAAGCCAGUACCUGAAAAACACCAAGUACAAGAAAAGAAUGAUGAAAAAUUGGAAAUAAAACGAUUAAGUUCCUCACAAAUUCAAGAACCUGCUCCUGAAAACUAUAAAUAUAAAAAUGAGGCAAAACCGAAAGAAAAACUCACAAUUAAAAUCGAUACACUCAAAGACUUAAGUCAGGAGUUCGCACAGCACGCAAUUUGCUUUAUUUUAUGCAUUCCUUAUAUAAUGGAGAAGCCAAAUCCGAAGUACGAUUUGACAUACAACAAACAAGAGUUAUUCGAUAUGUUCAAGGAAGUGAAUGACAAAAUGGAGUUCGACGAAAAGACCGAAUUCGAAGUUUAUAAGAUUGUGAGAGUUGAAGGAACAAAACUAAGGAUCAGCAACAAGUUCAAUGGAAAGUACUUCUCUUACAAAUACGACGCAGACGGCUACUUACUGCAGUACAACAAAAUCAAAGACAACGACCACUUUGUCUUCGAAAUCGGAGAGCCUGAGCUGCUGUCAUUCAAACUUCCGAAGAAGGUGCAGCACGCAGCGAAUCCGGAUUUCGAUGAGCUCAUAAGAAUCGGAGAGAGAAUCGUCAAGUUAUACAACGAGAAACGAGCUCAGAAGAAAAAAAUAACUCCUUCAACAUGGAAAUCAUUAUCCAACACAAAACAGCCUGAACAAGCCAAACAAGUUAAUCAACAACAGAAUGAUAAGUUUGGAGUAUAUCGUCCAGUUAAUCAGCAGCAACAAAUCCAGUCAGAAAUAAGUCCAAACUUCAGCGUCUACCAGCCAAUAAAUCCACAACAAAUGGCUCAGGCGAAUAUGCAACAAAUGCAGCAGCAGAUGAACGUUCCUCAAUAUGGAAACUUCCAACAGGGAGAUGCAUUCAAUUUCGGUGUUUACCAACAGAUGAAUUACCCGCAGCAAAACUAUCAGCAGCAGAUUCCAAACUACCAACAGAUGAAUCAGCAGCAAUAUGGAAACGUUCAACAUGUCAAUCAACAGCCAAACAACAACAAAUUCGGUGUUUACUAUCCUCAGCAACAACAAGAACAAACUAAUGACAAAUUUGGAAUUUACACUCCACAAAAACAACAACAAAAUGAUAAAUUUGGAGUAUAUCAUCCACAACAACAAAUACAACAACAACAGGUUCAACCACAGAAACAACAACAAAAUGAUAAGUUUGCAGUGUACCAUCCACAACAAAUGCAACAACAGCAACAAGAAGACAAGUUUGCUGUCUACAAUCCAACGAAAGAACAGAAGCAGCUCAAGAAACAUAUUAAGAAUGACGACAGAUUUGGCAUCUGGACACCAAAUCAGCAGCCAAACACAGUUCCAACUCAAGGAUUCCAGAUGUACCAAGUUCCACAGCAAAACACAAACACAUUCUACGACAAAUUCGGCGUUUGGAAACCACAGAAAACUCCUCAGUUUGCUGAAGAACAGAUGACUAAUUUCAUCAACAAGAUCAAAGAAGGAGUUUCACGCGACAAAAUCAGUAAAUUGGCUAAACACACAGUGAUUAACAACAACAACAAUUUCCAUCCAUUUAUCUGCAAAUUAAACAACGAAAUCAAGUCUAAUUUCACACAGAUCAAAGUCAAGACUCAGCCAAUAAACUCCCUCCACCAGACUCCGUUUGUCUUCACAGUCAAGACAGACAACACGAUCCAAAACAUCCAUAUUGUCGUCAACAACGACGUCUACAGAGAUUUCAUCAGUCUCCGUCAGGAACAGAACGAGAUCCUGAUCGAAAUAAAGUUCGACAUCCUCCCGAUCAGCGAGCACUUCAUCGACGGCCUCAUCGUCUUCGAGACACUCAGCAUUCCGUUCCUAUUCGACAUCACGAAGAUCGAUCCGACAGUCUACAUCAACGUGCGCGACCACCCGUUCUUCUACAACAAGCAGAGCAACAGUGUCUGCCUUGUCAGCGAAUCCAUUUUCAACGACACGAACAUCUUCAUCCGGACAAUCGACGAGAAAAUGAAGAGGAUUCCACAUUGUGUUGUUAUAUACGGCAGCCCUCAGCCACCGAGUGUCGAAUUCGACGACGACGAGUGCGAGACAGAGCUCUCAUUCAAGUACAACACUCAGUGCACGAUGACGGUCUUCAUAAGCAACUCACUCUACUCGAACAUCAACAUCCAGUACCUUGUCUACGAGCGCCUAUUUGUCUUCAAGUUCUACAACGUGUUGAACCAACAGUUCGACUGCUUCGACCGCGUCCCAAUCAAGAGACACCACCAGCGCAUGUGUUUCUUCUGCUCAUGCGUCUUUGAGGAUGAGGGAGACUCUCUGACCUUCGACAUCAGCCCAUCAAGACACGUCUUUGUUCGCGACAUCGACCGCUACGAAAACGACUUCUACUUCUUCGACGUCGAUAUCGACUCAGAAAAAGGCGACGACUUCUUCCUCGAGAUCAGCAUCAGGAGCAAGAGCCGCACAAUGAAGGAGCGGACAAUCCUUGUCCACCUCAUCGAAGUCGACUGCGAUCGCGACGACAUCGUCAUCAACAAGAACACUUUGAUCGACUCUAAGAAGUUCAUCAGAGAUUCGCAGGCACAGUACAACGUCAUCAGAAAGCAGAUACAGCAAGGAGUGAGUGUUUUCGACGUCAUCGGACUCACAUCUCAGCAGAUCCGCCCUGAGUCAAUCGACGUCAUCAGAGACAGCGAAAACAGAGAAUAUGACGAAGAAGAUGAGUCAAACAAAGUCGCUUUCGAUUUCGGCGAAGAGUCGUUUGUUGACCAGAAACUGAACGACUACCAAGUUCCAAGUUUCUCUUACAUCAACAGCCAAAACGUUGUCUCUUCGAUCAAGGAGACAAUCAAGGUCUGCAGCGACCUUCCUUUCUUGGCUCGCGAGUACUGGAGGAACUCUUCCCAUGACUCUGACGUCAACGAAGUCCUCCCUCUGAGAUUCGUCAGCCUCUUCAGCGUUUGCUCACUUUUGUCGCAGACUUUGUCUAAAGUUGACUCUUCUUUCGACAGAGAGAUUGAUGACACAACAAAGCAGUUCCACACAUCGUACUCUUUCAUGAAGAUGCAGACACACAUUCACGAACACCACUCAACAAACUCCCCGCUCUCUUCUGUAUUCAACUUACCUGAAUACAAAUAUUUCUCUGAUAAAUAA